AUGCUUGUCUGUACACGCACCUCCGGCUGCCUUGCGCGUAGCUGUUGUUUGGCGCUGCAGCAGCAGCAGCAGAGCAGCAGCAGCAGAGCAGCACGAGCAGCCACAGCAGCAACCCCACCAAGCAGCAACAGCAACCCCACCAGCAGCAGCAGCAGCACCACCACCACCACCACCACCAUCAGCAGCAACAGACCCACCAGCAGCAGCAGCAGCAGCAGCAGCAGCAGGAAGAUGUGUUGUGUUGCCGCAGGUAGCGGCACCGGAUAUCUUACAGUUUGUAUGGCGCUGAUGGUUGGGGCGGGGGAGCCAGAGGGGGGCGUAGCCAUUGGGAUCGACUAUCUGCAAGGCCUCGUAGACCUCUCUAGAAAGAACGUGGCAGGGGCCUUUCCUGAGUUGCUGCAGAGUCGCAACUUUGCGUUAAUAAAAGGAGACGGCUGGGCUGGGGGCCCCUCUUGGGGGGCCCCCUUUGAUGCAAUACAUGUGGGUGCAGCAGCAGCAGCAGUCCCUGCUGCGCUGCUGCAGCAGCUUGCUGCAGGAGGUAGGAUGGUGAUACCUGUGGAGUGCAACCGAGGGUUUAUAAGCCUUGAGGGUUUAGGAGACAGAGAAGUAGGAGGCUGUGACGGAGGCCAAGCUCUAGUGUCUGUCGAGAAAGAUAAGAUGGGUAAUGUUAGUGUGAAGUAUAUAACGAGCGUUAUAUAUGUGCCUCUUGUACGCACCUAA